CAACAAGUCAGUAGACGCGGUCGUUCAGGAAGUCUUAAAACGAAACGAACAGGCCAUGGCAUUAGUGAUUAUAUUUUCAUAGAGGAUUUUUCGACAGAAACCAACGUGUCUAACGAUUUCAUGGCUCUGCUCGUGAACAACAUGCAUUAGGAGAGGUCAAAAUUUGUGGGUAAAAUGGCCAGCGGUGAGGAUACUUCUGGUUCAAACAUGCCAAAUGAUGACUUAGAUGUCGAAAAUGAGGAGAAACUUAAAAAACAACAUGAGUUGUUUCAAACUGAUCAAACCAUAUUAACGCGUACACUUAUUGGGCGAAACAUUUUCCAAUUGAAAGAGGGCGAUCACAUUGGUUGGAGACGUAUCGGAUAUUGGCACCAUGCAAUUUACAUCUCCGUAAAUGAAGCAGGAUUUGAAGUUAUUCAUUUUACCAAGACCAAAACCAUUUGCAAGAAAAAUGUACAUAAAAAAGAGGGCAACGAUCUAGACAAGGAAAAAUGCGAUAAGAACGAAAACGAUCAAUCUAUGAAUGUUAUCAGUGAAAAUAUAAUGAACACAAACGAAACAAAUAAAGAACUAUAUUGUUUUAACUAUCCACAAACCAUACUGGACAAAAAUCCGGCAAAGAUCGUUAUCGAAAGAGCAAAAGCUGCACUAAGAGAACCUCAGAGUUACUGCCUGUUAAGAAAUAACUGCGAGCAUUUUGCAACCUACUGUAAAACAGGGAAAGGUUUUUGCUGCCAAACACUGUGCGUAGAAGGACGGGUAAAACAUGCUUUUACCGUUUGCAAUCAAAUCAGUGUAGUUAAUAUCACAGCGAUAUAUGCAAAGCAUGAUCCAUCAAAGCAUGGGCAAAAAGCGAUGUCUUUAAAUGCAUCAAUAUCAAGUUCGGCCCAAGCAGGGAGCAAAGCGAUGGAAGCGACUUCAUCUGUAUCAAAAUCGGCCAGAGCAGGGAGCAAAGCGAUGGAAGCGACUUCAUCUGUAUCAAAAUCGGCCAGAGCAGGGAGCAAAGCGAUGGAAGCGACUUCAUAUGUAUCAAAAUCGGCCAGAGCAGGGAGCAAAGCGAUAGAAGUGACUUCAUCUGUAUCAAAAUCGGCCAGAGCAGGGAGCAAAACGAUUGAAGCGACAUCAUCUGUAUCAAAAUCGGUCAGAGCAGGGAGCAAAGCGAUGGAAGCAACUUCAUCUGUAUCAAAAUCGGCCAGAGCAGGGAGCAAAGCGAUUGAAACGACUUCAUAUGUAUCAAGUUCAGCCAGAGCAGGGAGCAAAGCGAUGGAAGCGACUUCAUCUGUAUCGAGAUCGGCUACAAUUGGAAGCAAAGUCAUGAAGGGUUCCUCAUCUGUAUCAAGUUCGGCCAGAGCAGGGAGCAAAGCGAUGGAAGCGACUUCAUCUGUAUCGAGAUCGACUAAAAUUGGAAGCAAAGUCAUGAAGGGUUCUUCAUCUGUAUCGAGAUAUUCAAGAAAUGGGAGCAAAACGAUGGAUACUGCAAAUAAACUUGGCCGAAGGAACACAUUUUUCAAAGGUGUAAAUGCUGUUUCUUCUAUUUUUACCCUUGGUUUAAUUGCCCACAAUGAAGUACAAGCAACGAGAAAGGAUUUUGAAAAGUACAAGCAAGUUUUUGAUAAAAAGGAAAUUUCAAAGGAUGAUUAUAACAGGCUCUGUCAAGGUCGUGUCACUGCAAGCGUUGUUGGUGGAGCAGCAACAUUUGCUGGAGAUUAUUUUGGUUUUAAAGCAGGUGGAAUAUUAGGAGCAAAGAUUGGCGCAUUUGGUGGUGCGGUUGGAGCGACCGUUGGAGCUGUCAUUGGUGGUUUUGGAGGGUGUUGUCUUGGCUAUAUGAUGGGGCAGAGUGUUGGAGAAAAAAUACUACCAGUCAUUCCGGAUAACACUCGUGAUGUUCAAUAUCUUCAUGACGUGGAUGAGUCUGAUUCAUGGCGAUUUACGGAUGAGCCUGGUUCAUGGCGAGAUCUCAUGAAGAGGAGGGGGCCGCCUCAUCCUUAUUCUCCCAUACAUAUCGACAUACAAACAACGGAUCUAAUAUAUGCAAACGGGGGACACAUGCCUCAAAUAACUCAACUGUUUGCUGAUGACGACGAAACGUCGAAAAUGUUCCAGUGCUAUAUCCUGCCGGUCAUUCCCAUAUCAGCUGAUGCCCAGCGUAGGAAUGGGAUAACCAUGGACAGUAACAUGGUCAUGAGGAUGAACGGGGAAGUUGUUGAAUUUAAGACAUGGAAAGAAGCAUGCGCAGAUUUCCUUAAGUGGCUUAAACGGCGAGAAAGGCCUGUGCUUGUCUCAGAAAAAUGUGGACCUCUUUCCUUAAGGAUCCUGAUUUCAGCAUGCGAAAGUAUUGACCAAGAGAACGCUUUGCUUGAAAAUAUUCAUGGCAUGGUGUAUUAUACAAGAUAUCUUCAUGACGUGGAUGAGUCUGAUUCGUGGCGAUUUACGGAUGAGCCUGGUUCAUGGCGAGAUCUCAUGAAGAGGAGGGGGCCGCCUCAUCCUUAUUCUCCCAUACAUAUCGACAUACAAACAACGGAUCUAAUAUAUGCAAACGGGGGACUCAUGCCUCAAAUAACCCAACUGGUUGCUGUUGACGACGAAAGGUCGAAACCAUUCCAGUGCUACAUCCGGCCGGUCAUUCCAAUAUCAGAUGAUGCCCAGCGUAGGAAUGGGAUAACCAUGGACAGUAACAAGGUCAUGAAGAAGAACGGGGAAGUUGUUGAAUUUAAGACAUGGACGAAAGCAUCCGCAGAUUUCCUUAAGUGGCUUAAACGGCGAGAAAGGCCUGUGCUUGUCUCAAAAAAAUGUGGACCUCUUUCCUUAAGGGUCCUGAUUGCAGCAUACGAAAGUAUUGACCAAGGGAACGCUUUGCGUGAAAAUAUUCAUGGAAUGGUGUAUUAUACAAGAUAUCUUCAUGACGUGGAUGAGUCUGAUUCAUGGCGAUUUACGGAUGAGCCUGGUUCAUGGCAAAAUUUAAUGAAAGUUGGUGUGUCGCCUCCUCCUUAUUCUCCCAUACAUAUCGACAUACAGACAACGGAUCUAAUAUAUGCAAGCGAUGGGCACAUACCUCAAAUAACCCAACUGGUUGCUGUUGACGAAACGUCGAAACCAUUCCAGUGCUACAUCCGGCCGGUCAUUCCAAUAUCAGAUGAUGCCCAGCGUAGGAAUGGGAUAACCAUGGACAGUAACAAGGUCAUGAGGAUGAACGGGGAAGUUGUUGAAUUUCAGACAUGGACGAAAGCAUCCGCAGAUUUCCUUGAGUGGCUUAAACGGCUAGACAGGCCUGUGCUUGUCUCAAAAAAAUUUGGACAUAUUUCCUUUAUGAUCCUGAUUUCAGCAUACGAAAGAAUUGGCCAAAAGAACGCUUUGCUGGAAAAUAUUCAUGGAAUGGUGUAUUAUACAAGGUAUGAAUGAAUUGUUCAUAAAUGUAUUCUGUGCAUUGAAUACCAAGCGAAUGAUACUAAAGAAGAUGUAGAACGGCUAGUUAGCCUGAUUGUUCUGAAAUUCUGGUGAAAAUACAUGCUAUAAACAUAGAACUACUAGAUACUAAUAUAAAACAUUUGAGCAAAAUGAUAUUUGAAUGAUAUUUAAUUGAUAUAAUGAAUUUACUUUACCUCACUUUUUACUUUAGUUUUUUAAUCUUGGUAAAUCAGCAAGAAUGAACACAAUGCGGAACUUUACAUAACAUAGACUGUUUGAAUUAAAGUAAAACAUUUCCCUAAUGCAGAUUUGGUACGUUCGUGCGUACAUCAAUAUUUCAUUUGCAAGUCAUCUUUUUCGGCCAAGAUAUGCAAACCUACGCAAGCAAAUAAUGAUUAGCUCUCAUUUAUAAAUGAAUGUAUCAUGCUUGAUACAUAGAUAUAUUGAUACAAUAUGUUGAUCAUAUUAUACAUUCUGAAAUUCUAGUAUCUUGUAUUGUCUGUUGCUACAAGUAUAUUGAGAAUCUUAAAUAUUGUGAACAAGAUUGAAAAUUUUAUUGUAUUUAUUUUUAGUAGGUUUUAGUAAUACAUAGUUCUAUUACUAAUAAUUAAUUACCUAUGAUGCAGUUUUUGUUUAUUUGUACAAUGAUCAUUGUGAUUUCAUGUUGUAUUUGUACGUUAUUUGACCAAUCGCUCAACAAAAUGAGAACGUUUUUCAGAUACUGAUAAAUACUCAUCACAUCGUCCUCAUUAUAAAGUUUUUAACAUUACGAAAUGAUACAUACAUAAAAUGUAUAACUACUUUAUAUCAAAAAUGCAUACUUAAAAUAAUAUGGCAACCCUUUUCACUACACCUCAUUUCUAUAUAAGUGCUAUGCUUGUUUCUUUUUUGUCUUUACUUGCUUCAAAUUUUGAUCAGCACAUUUAUUUUUAGUGGGGAGUUUUUAUUCGUGCGAAUACUACGUAUAAGGGAAAUCGUUGUGUACUUGACUACCAGUUAUAACAACCAUUCCAGUAGAUGUAUGUACUUUUAACGUAAAUCUCAUAAGUUCUCGAGGUCAAUGAUAUUUUAAAUAAAAACAAUAAAUCCUUAUCUUGCAGAUUACGACUUACAAAAAUAAAAUCAAGACCGUAUUAAAGACCAUGCAUAAUUUAAAAGAGAAUCGAUCCCGAAUACACUAUACACAAGCAAUAAAAAGAAAACAUCGAUACAAAAAGAAAACAAAAUAUUGAAAAGAUAUAACUAAAAUUUAUCAAGAACUUCUAAGAUCGAAUGACGACGAAAUGUUCUACAUACAACUAAAUCAAGAAAAACAAAAAAAAUAUAUCAUUGAAGAAAAAAAUGUAUAUAACUAAGGUCCAAGGCAGAAUGAAUCGAAAGUGCUGAAAUGAACACAAACUAUUUUGCUAAUUUAGAAAACAUGCACUGACACAUUCAUUGAAACUGAUAAACAUAGUAAUUUUUCAUGUAAAUAUAGAAUAUCAUCGUAGGUUAAAUCAUAUUAUAAAAUUUGAACAAACAAGACGAAAAUAUAAAAGUGUCAACAAAGUCUUUUGACGAACAUUUCAAACAAUAUUACUGCUGAAAACACGUAUCCCGAACAUAAUACCGAGUAUAAAUGUUAACACGCUCUUAAAUUUAAAAAGAAAUGAUGAAGGAUUGGGUCGGACGUUUCACUGCUGAAAUUAUGUCUGAAAGAAAUAAAGUCAUAUUUAACAAUCUCACUCAAAUUCAUUAGUUCUCAGUUACAAAAAAACAAAGCAUCAUAACGCUAUCUUCAAAAUCGACAAGGUAACAUUACACAUUAAUAACUGGAGACGUAUUUCAUCAUGAUUACAGAUUAUAAAACAGCUUGAAAAGCAAGUUCUUGUUUUAUAUAUACACAUAUGUUGGCAAAAUGUCCGUAUUUGACAAAAAAGCUAUCAGUUAUGUUAAUGAAAACGAUAUAAACCAGCUGAUAUUUUAAAUUUCAAUAAAAUAUUCUUCAGCUUAUUUCUACAAAUGUUUUAAUGUCAUUGAAAAUUUAAUUCGAUUGAAAAGUAUUUGACAUGAUACGAUAAUUGUAUAAAAUGCAAAGGUUUAUGUUACCAUCAGCGUUUGUAGGAAACAUAACUGACAUAUCACCCAAGCAAUUGCAUUUGGAUAACUUUUGCCAACGACACAGCUGAGAUAGAAAACGUUAAUUUCACUGAUAAGAUUUUAGAACUAACUUUUUCUUAAACUUUUUUCAAUGAUUUGUUUGUCUGCAAUCAGUACCGUGUAGUAUUAAUUGUCCUGUGAUAAAUAUCAAUACAUUACAAAUUCAAUAAUGCUAAUAGAUAUCAAGUCUUUCUUGGAUAGUAAUUAAGUCUUUAAUGUUGUAAUAUCUUUCCAAUUACAAACAUCCCAAAACGAAUAUAAUCAAUUUAACAAUUGUUUAAUUCAUACUUCAUUAAUUAAGCUCAAUUGUCAAACAGAUAAAAAUGAUAUGAUUAACAUUUAAAUGUUAAAAUCAGAAUUAUACACCCUUAAACGUUUACAACUUCACAAUGAUUAUCCACAACUGUAAACUUGCCAAAUUUAUGUGUAAGGCGAAAAGUAGAAAAUAUAACUUAGAACCUCUUAUUGCCAUGAUAACCGUUGCGCGAAAACUUGACGUUUAGAGCCUUAAUUUCAAUAUAAAAACACAAGCAGCUUCAUCGGUUAGGUAAAUUGUAUAUAAUGUGCCAGUUUUAUUCAUUUAAGUUAUAUUUCUUUAUUUAACAGCUGUGUAGUAUGGUGUAAUACCGCACAGAAGUUCAUAUCAACCGAUGCGUGCGUCAUCACAGAUCAUGCUACACUUGUCAUACAUGUUUGAUUAAUGAUUUACGAAUAAAUGUAAUGCUUACCUGCUUUAUGAUGUGAAUUAAUCUUAACAAAAUGUCUUGAUAAAUGAUAUUUGUAAUUGGCACGCUGUGCACAAGGUCAUCAAGGUAUUUAUACAUGAUUGAGAAUGGCAUGUACCAAAGGACGAGAACAGUGAUUUGUUCGAAUAUCUGAGGGCCUGCAAGUACACAUUUUCACAACUUUUAAAACGAAACUUCAACUUUUAAAUAAACCUUUAGCUACACGUAAACGUCUUGUUUUGCAACCACUUAAGCAUGUAUCUGCUUAUAAAUAUUAUAUGUUACUGUAUGGCUGUUUGCUGAGGCUUUCUACAUAAAUAGGUGGAAACACGUCUAAAAUGUUUAGACUUAUAAAUUGUUUUAUAUUGUUAGCUGCAAUUGCAUAAAAGAUAUUGUGAGUGAUAGCUAUUUUUUUUUUAUAAAAAAAUGUUGUUUUGUUAUUGAACUAAAUGUUAAUUUAUGUAACUUACCAUAUGUAAAUGUAUUUCAUCAAGUAAGUACUAAAUUUUUACAUAAUCAUGAAAUAAUAAUUAAGUUCUCGUCGUAUAUUGAUAUGGUACUUAAUGAUUGUAUAAGGAUACAAUUUGCGGCCAUAAUUUCUUUAAAUGUACUCAGCAUAUGUUUAUACUUCUCGUUUGCCCUUAGAUAAUAUAUUUUUGAUCGUUGUCCUGCUGGUUUGCUUUAUUAUUUUUCGUUCUUGUUACUUAGUUUAUUUCCCCAUAUAAUAUACUAUGGCAUAUCAUAUUUCAUUAAAUGUCUGUACCUUAACGUCUUAUGUUGCUCACAUAUAACGAGAUAUUGAAGAAAAAUAUGCCACUGUCGGCAAGUUAAACUCUAUGGUUAAUAUGUGCCAAUUAUAAAUAUACAUGUGUUACCUUAUUGUUCCCCAUCGUCACUUAUUGUAAGUGUUUGAUGUGCUAAUAACCACUCCAUAAGUCAUUCAAAUAAGAAACGAUUAAUUAUUAUUAUUAACCAAAUGUUUGAAUAUAUAAACGACAACACAGAACCAAAAUCAUGUGUAUUUAACAGGACAAGCUAUUAUUCACCAUUGCGUUUAGUUGUUAACUGCUCAAGUGUAAAACAUAUCAACCAACAUCUUUGGUCUUUGGUCAACAACAUAUAAUUCUAUAUAUUAACCAAAAAAAACAAAAAAAAACAACAAUGUGGUGAAUCUACUCUGGGUGCAAAUAUGCCCCUAUAUCUAAACCUCCGGUAAAAAUUUCAUGUCAUACAAAGGAACUACCUUUUUUCCUCGAUGGUAAAGUUAAAUAUUUUGUUCAGGAUUUUUAUGUUAUUUAAAUGUAUGUCAAUGAUUUUGGACGCUAGCACAUAACAUAAUUUCUGAGUCUGAAAAAUGCCGAACCAACACAAUCCGCAUUGGUAUCAGUGGCAAAAGUAAUAUGACAUUAACAAGACACCAGUACUAAUAUAUAACAGCACAUUUUAUUUGAUAACAGUGUUUAAAGACAUUUAGAAAACAUUUCUAUAUAAACAUUCCAGAAGCAGAAAAAAUGCAAUGUCAAUCCCAACAAAACUAAAACAAUCGUCAUUAAAUUAAUCAGUGCCUUGUUCAUAGUUAGAAAUAUUAAAACUAUAAAACUUACCUUAGUUUAGCUGUAUUACUAAGUUUAUUUGUAUGCUUUAUUAGGUAAACAAGCUACCAAUAAUAACCGCAAAAUAGACAUAACAAAGGGUAGGUUCGUUUGUUUUGGUAUCAUAUCCCAGUCCAAUGAGUGUUCGGUAAACCAAAGUAAUUGUAGGUUCGGCAUUUUAAAACAGUGCCAUCGAUAUACUGUUAUGUUUCGUAUAAUAUCAACGACUAAAGAUUAAAUGAAUAAUUUGUUUAUAUAAAUACGUAUGGUAAGUUUUGUGCUUUGUCUUAGAUUAAGCAUGUCUAUAACAAGCCUUAACAACAGUUUUGACUUAAGAUUGAUUCUUUUGAUAAAUAAGGCAUCUGGCACAAGUUGUCAUAUACUACACAAAUUUAUUAAACGAGUCCAGGAAACAUGUUAGAAAGCGAGCCUUAGGCGAGCUUACUAACAUAAUUUUUGGACGAGUAAAAUAAAAUUGUGUAUUAUUUUAUAACGAGUGCCAGAUUUUUUAUCACAUGUUUUUUCCAAAAAAAAAUUUGGGAAACACGACCUACCUGUUUCAACAGCUCAAGUGAAGAACCGAAUAUCAAAAAGCAACGCCAUUUUCCUUGCUCUAUGCAUUGCAGAAAUAUAAUACCCGACAUAAUUUAGACCAAUUUAUUCUACCAAUCAUUUUAAUUAUGUUUAGAAAACUUGUACUUACUAAGAUAUCCAAUAAGAAUUAAAACAAAAACACUAUGCUAUGAACUAAUUUGCUUUCUUUCAUAUUGUGACGUCAUAUUCGCUUAGAUGACGUCAUAUUUUCUGAUAUUCUCAUGACGUCAGUGAAGGUUUCAACGUAUAAUGUCCGACCGUCAAAAAAAAGUUUGUCACAAAAUCAAGACGAAAUACUAAGCUUUCCUCAUACAAUUUAGCUUGAAAACUGCUUUAGAUUUCAAAUAAAUCUAUUACAAAUACAACAAUUUUAAUUUUCUUGAUAGCUGAUAUUGAUUUUGGUACGUGUAAUAUAUAAACAAUGGAUCGUAUGUAUUAAGUACCAAUCUUGUUUUAAUAUUCAUGUUCAGUGUUAAUGCACACAUGUUUAAUUUGCUAUAAGAAGGUUUUGGUGUGUUUGAUGCAAUAAACAGAUUUGAGUGA